UAACUUAAUGGUCUCAUCGUGGAUUGGAUAGAAUUGAAAUAUGAGUCAGUUUAACGGUGCUGAUGGUGGCUUUCAGUUUGACUUGUUGGAAAGAAAUGAAAGACUAAAGGAAAAGGGUUAUCAAGUUCCUGUCGCAAGAAAGACAGGUACCACCAUAGUUGGGUUAGUCUUUCGAGAUGGAGUUGUUUUGGGAGCUGAUACAAGAGCCACAUCAGAUACUACAGUUUUUGAUAAAAAUUGUGAAAAGAUUCAUUAUAUUGCGCCCAAUAUCUAUUGUUGUGGAGCUGGUACAGCUGCGGAUACCGAAAACACAACAGCGCUUGUUUCUUCACAGUUGGAACUACACCGACUCAAUUCUGGUCGUGAAUCGAGGGUGACUACAGCUCUCACUUUAUUGAAAAGGAUGCUAUUUCGGUACCAAGGAUAUGUAUCAGCAGCUCUUGUUUUGGGUGGUGUUGACUUUUAUGGACCUCAUUUAUACACCGUCUAUCCACAUGGCUCAACUGAUAGGCUACCCUUUGUGACUAUGGGCUCUGGAUCGUUAGCAGCAAUGUCUGUGUUCGAGUCAAAAUAUAUGGACGAUAUGUCACGUGAAGAAGCUGAGAAGUUAGUCUAUGAAGCUAUCUCGGCAGGAAUUUAUAACGACUUAGGCUCAGGAGGUAACGUGGAUCUUUGUGUGAUUACGCGAGGACAGACGGAAUAUUUGCGUGGAUAUGCAAAGGAAAAUGAAAGAAAGUUCAGGAAACCACAAGGCUAUUCAUUUCCUAUAGGAACGACGAGCAUUUUAUCUAGCCGUUUUGAAAGGUCUUUUGUACCAACUCCAUUUGUUUCAGAUCCUGAAAAUAGUUCGACUAUGGCAGUUGAUUGAGAAUAAAGGAAACUCUAUUCUUUCCUUUAUAUGU